UGUUUACUGCUGUUUACUGCUGACUGCUAUCCAGGGCCGUAAAAUAAAUUAAAAAAAAAAACUGUUUCCUGUUUAGAUUUUUCGAUUUACUACAAAAUAUUGAAAAAUGAAAUUGCAAAGUUUACUGCUUACUCUGUUAAACAAGUAAUUGAUCGAAACAACGAAAUGUACCUAUUAUAUUAAUGCAAUAAAAAGAGGGUAAAUUAUUUAAUUAAUAUGGCACAUCAAGGAGAGUAGUAAUAUAGUAGAUAAAAUCUUUCUGAAGAUUUCAGAAUCAAAAUUCAAAUAUUAUUGAAUGGUGAAAUGGCAGGAACAUACUAUUUUGCAAUAGUUGGCCAGUCCGAUAAACCUAUAUUCGAGAUGGACUUUAUUCCAGUCACAAAGGAAGUAAAGAAAGAAGACAACAGACACCAGAACCAGUUCAUGGUACACGCGGUACUGGAACUGGUGGAUGAGCACAUGUGGAAAGGCACCAACACAUACCUCAAGUCUGUGGACAAGUUCAACCAGUGGUUCGUCUCUGCAUUUGUGACCGCUACUCAGAUGAGGUUUGUCAUGGUCCACGAUGUUACCAAUGAGGACGGCGUAAAGAACUUCUUCACAGAUGUGUACAAGGCAUACAUAAAACUGUUUAUCGACCCUUUUUACAGACAGGACACAACUAUCUCAUUCCCAGCUUUCCAGAAGGAAGUACAGUUACUUGGCAAAAAAAAUCUAACAUAGCAAUAUUUUUAUGUAUACUUAUGAUAAUAAUUAUGCCGUCACUAUGGAAUUCAUCAAUUGUGUUCAUUAAUUAUGUUGUACAUGAUCUCUAAACUAAAUUAAUUAUCAAUAGCCUAUUAACAGUCCUCUGCUAAACCAAAGGCUUCUCCUAAUGGGAGGGUUUGGCCAUGAUCACCACACUGGGUGGGUGAUCCAUUAGAAUCUAAUGGAUCACCCACCCAUCUGGUGUUGGUGGUGGAUCUAAUGAUUAGAUGGUAGUAGUAGCACAGAGGAUGCUGCUGCCUGUUCUCCAUUAUAAAUUUACAUUUAACUAAAUUGACAUGUUUAUUGAAUACUAUCCUUUUCAUUAAGGGUGCAAUUAAGAAAGUGAUGAUAAUAGACCUGUCACUUUAUUUUAGUGAUUUUGUACAACAGAAUCAAUCACAUGUGUAUAUUGUAUAUAAAUAAAAAAGUAAUUUAAUUCCAAAAUUAAUUUAUUUUUCAAUCUUGAGGUACCUAUUUACAAAUCUUAUUUUAAUCAACAAGUUCUUAUUAAAUUACAACAAUAAUAAUACUGUCUCAAGUUGUAA